AUGCAGUGCCGGGGGUGCUGUCCCAGCUUGCCGGGGGUGCUGUCCCAGCUGUGCGAGCUGGAGCGGCGGGAGCGGCGCCGGGCGCUGCGGGGGGAGCGGCGGGAGCGGCUCCGGGCGCUGUGCGAGCUGGAGCGGCGGGAGCACGGCCGGGAGCAGCGGCACCAUUCCUUCCCCUUGCCGGGGGUGCUGUCCCAGCUGUGCGAGCUGGAGCAGCGGGAGUGCGGCCGGGCGCUGCGGGGGGAGCGGCGGGAGCGCGGCCGGGAGCAUGCCGGGGGUGCUGUCCCAGCUGUGCGAGCUGGAGCGGCGGGAGCGCGGCCGGGCGCUGCGGGGGGAGCGGCGGGACCGCGGCCGGGAGCAGUUCCACCAUUCCUUCCCCUGCAAGGAUCCUGCCCAAACCAAACUCCCCGAUUCCCCAAACUCCCAAUUUUCCCAAAAUCCCCGUUUUUUCCCCCAUUUCCUCCCCCUGCAGUGCCGGGGGUGCUGUCCCAGCUGUGCGAGCUGGAGCGGCGGGAGCGGCGCCGGGCGCUGCGGGGGGAGCGGCGGGAGCGCGGCCGGGAGCAGCGGCAGCUCCUCCUCUCCCGGCUCCGGGAGCUGCGGCAGCGCCGGGACCGGCUCAAGGAGAAACUGCAGAUGCUGGCCGAGGGAAGAGCAGGAAUUCCCUGGGAGCCGCGGGAGGUGCUGCACUGGAGGCUGCGGGAGCUGCAGGAGCUGCUGCGCCUCUUCCCCCUCACCGGCGUGAGCGGGAAGCUCUCCAGGCACGGCCUCUCCCUCUGGCUGCACACCUCCUUCCAGGGCGCCCUGCUGGAUUCCUUCCAGCUGGAGCUGCAGGGCUCCAGGGAAUUCCGGGAGCUGCGCGUCCGCCGCCACUCCGUGCCGCCCUUCAUCCCCCUGCAGGGCCUGGCCCGGCAAUUCCUGCCCGGAAAACUCCGGCGCUUCCUGCAGCUGCUCCUGCAGCACCUCAACGCCUUCGUGGCCAGGAGGCAGCAGCUCCGCCUGCUCCGGGCGGAAUUCCCCGAGUGCCUCCAAGGGAUUCCCUCCAGCAACUCCCUCUGCAACCUCCUCUGCUUCCGCUGCAGAAUUCCAGGGAAAAAACCCCAAAUUCCCGGGAAAAAUUCCCAAAUUCCCGGGAAAAAUUCCGAAACUGGCGGGAAAAGCUGUGGGAAUGUUCUGGAAUUCCGGGCCCGGCUGCUCUACGGGGACCCCCUGCGGAGCCUCCCCACCGAGGUCGAGGUCAGCGGGGAAGGGGGUUGGGAUCCUCCCCGGGCGCUGCCGGAGCUGCUCAGGAGCCGCUCCCUGCCCCGCGCCCUGCGCCGGAUCCUGGAACUCCCACCCGGAACCGGCUGAAAAUCUGGGAUUUGGGGGGAAAUCUGGGAAUUCCGGGCUGGGAUUCCGGGAUUUGGGAUUCUGGGGGAUCAGAAUUCCCGGGAAAUCCCGGAAUUCCCACCCGGAAGGGGCUGAGAGAACCCGGGAUGUGGGGGAAAUCUGGGAAUUCCGGGCUGGGAUUCUAGGAUUUGGGGGUUUGGGGAUUGGGAUUGUGGGAAAAAUCUGGGAAUUCUGGGCUGGGAUUCCGGGAUUUGGGAUUCGGGGGGUCAGAAUUCCCGGGAAAUCCUGCAGCUCCCACCCGCAACGGGCUGAGAAUCCGGGAGAAAAUCUGGGAAUUCUGGGCUGGGAUUUGGGAUUUGGGGGUUUGGGGAUUGAAAUUUGGGAAUUCCUGGGGAAAAUCUGGGAUUUUUGGGGUCAAACUUUGGGAUUUGGGCGGUUCGGGAUUCUGGGAAAAUCUGGGAAUUUUGGGAGUUUGGGGGAUCAAACUUUGGGAUUUGGGAGUUUCAGGGUCAGAAUUCCUGGAGAAUUCUGGGAAUUUUGGGGAUGAAGCUUUGGGAUUUGGGGAUUUUGGGAUCAGAUUUCUGGAAUUCCAGAGAAAGAAACUGGCAGAAAUUUUUGGGAUGAAAGCUCUGGAAUUCCUGAAAAAUUUGGGGUCAAACUUUGGGAUUUUGGGCGGUUUGGGAUUGGGAUUCUGGGGAAAUCCGGGAAUUUUGGGGGUUUUGGGAUUGCAGUUCUGGGAAAAUCCGGGAAUUUUGGGGUUUUCUGGGAUGAAAUAUUCCCAAAUCCAGGAAAAAUCUGGGAAUUUUGGGGUGAAACUUUUGGAUUUUGGGGGUUUUGAGGAUUGAAAUUUGGGAAUUCCUGCAGAAAACCUGGGAAUUUUGGGGUCAAACUUUGGGAUUUGGGAGUUUUGGGAUUUGGGAUUCUGGGGGAUCAGAAUUCCCGGGAAUUCCUGGAAUUCCCACCCGCAACGGGCUGAGAACCCGGGAUGUGGGGGAAAUCUGGGAAUUCUGGGCUGGGAUUUGGGGAUUCUGGGGGUUUGGGGAUUGGGAUUGUGGGAAAAAUCUGGGAAUUCUGGGGGUUUUUGGGAUCAAACUUUGGGAUUUUGGGCAGUUUGGGAUUGGGAUUCUUGGAAAUCUGGGGAUUUUGGGGCUGAAAACCCGGGAUGUGGGGGAAAUCUUGGAAUUCUGGGCUGGGAUUCCGGGAUUUGGGGGUUUGGGGGAUCAGAAUUCCCGGGAAAUCCUGGAAUUCCCACCUGGAACGGGCUGAGAGAACCUAGGAUUUGGGGGAGAUCUGGGAAUUCUGGGCUGGGAUUCCGGGAUUUGGGGGUUUCAGGAUUGCGAUUCUGGGAAAUUCUGGGAAUUCUGGGGUUUUUUGGAAUGAAAAAUUUGGGAUUUAGGCAUUUUGGGAUUGGGAUUCUGGGAAAUCUGGGGAUUUUGGGGCUGAAAACCCGGGAUGUGGGGGAAAUCUGGGAAUUCCGGGCUGGGAUUCCGGGAUUUGGGGAUUCGGGGGGAUCAGAAUUCCCGGGAAAUCCUGGAAUUCCCACCCAGAAGGGGCUGAGAGAACCUGGGAUGUGGGGGAAAUCUGGGAAUUCCGGGCUGGGAUUCCAGGAUUUGGGGGUUUGGGGAUUGGGAUUGUGGGAAAAAUCUGGGAAUUCUGGGCUGGGAUUCCGGGAUUUGGGAUUCGGGGGGUCAGAAUUCCCGGGAAAUCCUGCAGCUCCCACCCGCAACGGGCUGAGAAUCCGGGAGAAAAUCUGGGAAUUCUGGGCUGGGAUUCCAGGAUUUGGGGGUUUGGGGAUUGGGAUUUGGGAAUUCCUGGGGACAAUCCAGGAAUUUUGGGGUUAAACUUUGGGAUUUGGGAUCAGAAUUCCCGGGAAAUGCUGGAAUUCCCACCCGGAACGGGCUGAGAACCUGGGAUGUGGGGGAAAUCUGGGAAUUCUGGGCUGGGGUUUUGGGAUUUGGGGGUUUGGGGAUUGGGAUUGUGGGAAAAAUCUGGGAAUUCUGGGGUUUUUUGGGACGAAGAUUCGGGAAUUCCUGGUAAAAAUUCUGGGAAUUUUGGGGUCAAACUUUGGGAUUUGGGAUUCUGGGGGAUCAGAAUUCCUGGAAAAUGCUGGAAUUCCUAAAGGAAACGGGGUGAACAUGGCGGGAAUUGGGGAUUUGGGGGAAAAUCUGGGAAUUCUGGGCAUGGGAUUUUGGGAUUUGGGGGUUUCAGGAUUGGGAUUCUGGGAAAUUCUGGGAAUUCUGGGGUUUUUUGGGAUGAAAAAUUUGGGAUUCCUGGAAAAUUCUGGGGAUUUUCGAGUCAAACUUUGGGAUUUGGGCAUUUUGGGAUUUGGGUUCCAGGAAAAUUCCGGGAAUUUGGGGUGAAAAUUUGGGAUUUGGGAUCAGAAUUCCUGGGAAAUCCUGGAAUUCCCACCAGGAACGGGCUGAAAAUCUGGGAUUUGUGGGAAAUCUGGGAAUUCUGGAAUGGAAUUUUGGGAUUUGGGGGUUUUGGGAUUGGGAUUGUGGGAAAAAUCUGGGAAUUCUUGGGGUUUUUGGGAUGAAAUAUUCCCAAAUCCAGGAAAAUUCAGGGAAUUUUUGGGACCAAGUUUUGGGAUUUUGGGGUUUCUGGGAUUUGGGAUUCUGGGAAAAUCUGGGAAUUUUUUGGGUUUUGGGGAUCAGGGUUUGGGAUUUGGGAGUUUCAGGGUCAGAAUUCCUGGAAAAUUUUGGGGUUUCUUGGGAUAAAAUAUUCCCAAAUCCAGGAAAAUCUAGGAAUUUCGGGGUCAAACUUUGGGAUUUGGGGAUUUUGGGAUGGAAAAUCUGGGAAUUUUGGGGUCAAACUUUGGGAUUUGGGGGGGAUCAAAAUUUGGGAAUUCCUGGGAAAAAAACUGGGAAUUUUUGGGGAUGAAAUGUGGGAAUUUGGGGCUGAAAGUUUUCAAUAAAAAAAUGGGAAUAAAAAAAUUUCCAAA